GAGAGAGAGAGAGAGAGAGAGAGAGAGAGAGGGAAAAUGGCGAGAAGAGAUUUUGUUGAGAUUGUGGUGGCAAUACUUCUGCCACCCCUCGGCGUCUUCCUCAGGUUUGGAUUGAAGGAGGAGUUCUGGAUCUGCCUCGUUCUCACCCUCUUCGGCUACCUCCCAGGCAUCAUCUACGCCGUCUAUGUCAUCACCAAGUGAUCGAUCCCACCAUCUCCGCCGUCCAAUUUUUCUUCUUAUAUAAUAACAGUGCAAAUGUUUUUAUUUUUCUUUUUUCUCUU